UGUGACAGUCAGUCAGUCAGUGACUUGACUACUUGACUACUAACUGACUGAGUGAAGACAGUUAAUGACUAACUAACUAGUGUAGUGCUAAGUGCUAGUAUGUUUUAUCUAUGGUGCUAGCUAGUCUGCUAGUAUAUUAUAGUGAGCGAGAGCGAGAGACCAAGACCAAAACCAGGCCAGAGCCCAGAAGCACUGCAGAGCAGAAGUACCGAAACGCUAGCCUACAUCUUGAUGCUAAUGUUCAACAAUGACGGUUGGGAUGGAGCAGUUACUUUUUAUUGUAGCAGCAGUACAUUUAGUUUACUGCCCUUUUACCAAAGUAGAGGAGAGUUUCAAUUUGCAAGCAAUGCAUGAUAUUCUUUAUCACAAAUUCAAUCUUUCGGAAUAUGACCAUCAUGAAUUCCCAGGCGUUGUUCCUCGCACAUUUAUUGGACCUUUGGCAAUAUCAGUUCUUUCUUUACCUAUUUAUUCCGUUAUCAGUUCUCUUGGCCUCAACAAGUUUACAACACAAUAUUUGGUUAGAGCAGUAUUGGGCACUUGUGUGAUAAUGAGUCUGCGAAAGUUUAGACUUACUGUUCAACAUAUGUUUGGACCGGAGCUGGCCAGAUGGUUUAUAGUCAUCACUGCCUCACAGUACCACUUCAUGUUUUAUCUCAGCCGUCCACUCCCCAACAUCAUCGCCUUGCCCUUGGUGUUGUUAGCUCUUCAUUGUUGGAUUCGACGACAUUACUCAGCUUUCAUUUGGCUGUCUGGAGCAUCCAUCAUCUGGUUCCGCUCUGAACUUGCCAUGUUCCUUGGAUUCUUACUGCUCUUUGAACUGUUCUACCAACGGAUAUACCCAUUACGGGUGGUGAAAGCAGCAGUACCGGCGGGCAUUGUUUGUCUAGCAGCCACUGUUAUCAUAGAUUCUGUGUUUUGGCAGCGGCUCCUCUGGCCCGAGGGAGAGGUGUUUUGGUUCAAUACCAUUCUAAACAAAAGUUCUGAGUGGGGAACUUCUCCGUUCCUGUGGUAUUUCUACUCUGCCAUCCCUCGUGGCCUUGGACUGUCAGUCUUACUGGUGCCUGUGGGAGCCUACUUUGACGUCAGAGUCAGAAGACUGCUUAUUCCCUCAGUCGCUUUUGUAUUUCUCUUCUCCUUUCUUCCUCACAAAGAGCUUCGGUUCAUUAUCUACGUUUUCCCUAUAUUCAACGUCGCAGCUGCAUAUGCAUGCAAUAAGAUAUGGACAGCCUCGCAGAAGUCACCUGUGGUCCGCUUGUUGAGGGUGGCAGUGGUGGGUCAUGUGGCAGCCAACGCCAUCUUCUCCUUGUUCCUGCUGAGCAUCGCGGCUGUCAACUAUCCGGGUGGCAAAGCCAUUGCACGGCUGCAGAGAUUAGAACCUGCAGACUUACCAGUCAAUGUACACAUCUGUAACCUGGCUGCUCAGACUGGCGUGUCACGCUUCACACAGAUAUAUGACACUUGGAGAUACAAUAAGACUGAAAACUUAGAUGGGAGUCCUGAACUACUCAACUUUACUCAUAUGAUAAUUGAGGCUAAAAGUAGAUUCUCUCCAAGUGUUAAACCUCUCCUUGAUACUCACCAGGUACUGGAUGUAGUGGAUGGAUUCUCACAUAUUGGUUUCAACUACAAUCUAUUCCCUCCAGUAAGAAUUAAAACUAAGCCUCAAUUAUUCAUCCUUAAACGAGUAUCAAGUAGCAAAACGUUUAUUUCAAAUAAGUUUCAGAAUGCUCCUGAAACAAAAACUGAUCAUGAAAGAGAUGAUGUUAACAUUAAAGAAAAUGCAUCUGAAGAAAUUACAGUAGAGGAAAAAUUAGAUGACAAAUCCGAUGAAUCUUUAAUAUCCAACAGACAUUUUGACGAAUUGUUUGAAGAUAAUUUUGAAAAAAAUAAAAAUGAAGAAGUAGGAGACUUGGUCCUUGAAGAGCAAUUAAAGUCUGUUGAUGAAAAAGAAGUAAGUGAAGAAGAACCAUUGCCCGCAUGGAAUUUAUUUGACUUUGAUCAAGAUGUUAGUGAGGAAACAGAAAUAGAUAGUAACGAUUUUGUUGAAAACACUGUUCCUGAGGAUUUAAAGAGUUUGAAUGACAGUAAUGAUGUAACAGAAACCCGUUUGAUGCAAAAUGUUAGUGUUGCUUUAAAAAAUAAUGACUUAUUUAGUUCUGAACAAGAAAAUCUUUCAACUAAAACCGAUUCAGGAGAAAAAGAACAGUUUUUUAAGAAAGAAAUUUCGAACACAUCAGAUCACUUGUUGUCAAACAAAAACAUCAUAGAUGAUAACAAAUCAAACGAAGAAAACCAAUCCCCUUUUUUGUCUCCAACAAAAUUCAACAAAAAAGUUCCUCCUUCUAAAAAACAAUCAGGGAAAGAACAAAAUAUCAAAGAAAACAGUAAUAAAUCAAAACAAAUAAAAAAUAGCAUUAAAAAUAUAAUUGAAAAAUACUCUAUGGUCCCAAGUGAGAAAGAUGGUGAAGCAGAUAUGAGAGAAAAAUCAGAACAUGUGCAAAAGAAACUUGUUCCUAAAAAUAUACAAGCUGAGAUGGAAGAGGAAGUAUUAGAUGAACUGAUGCAUGAGACUGCAACCCAUUCUAUAGAUGAUGAGAAUGAUCAAGUUGACAAUAAAGUUAAUACUGUAGAAUCAAAACUCUUAGAUAAUGAAGAAGAUCCAGUCUUCAUCACUAAACAAAAAAGAGCAAAUAUCAAAUCAAAAUUAAAAGAAAUAAAAUUUAGUUCUGAGACUAACGCACCAGAUAACAGGAACAAAUACUCACAAAAUAAUAAAUAUUUAGAAUUAAGAGAGAAAGAAACCAAGAAUCAACUUUCAGGGAGUAAGUUAAAGCAAGUAACUGAAUAUGAAGUACUUGAAAACACACAGCCACAAGAUGAAACAAAAAGCUCCAAGACUGUUGAUACAACUAAUGAUGAAAUAAAAAUUAAGGAAGUAAGCAAAGAGAGCCAACCCACAGUAAAAUCCAGCAUAGAAGUAAAAAUACCCUCUAAGGGUAUUAAAGUAAAAAUUACUGAUGGAAAUGUAAUUGAAAUUUUAGAAACAGACUCAGGGGAAUACAAUGAUGAUGUCAAAGUAAAAAUAACAGGCUUAGAAGGGGAUACUAUUGCCGAGGCAUAUAAAACUGAAGCUUCAAAAAUCGAUGAUGAUGAUAAUGACCUUAUAAAAAGCUCAUCAAAAGAUACUUUUGAAAAAGAUUUUAAUAAAAGUAAAAGAAAAAUAAAAUUGAAAAUGAGGUAGUAAAUCUAUUAAGCGAUUGAAUGUGCUAUUACCAAAGAUGAAAAUUGAAUUUGUAUCGUGCUCCAUAACAAACAAAAUAAAUGUUGUAAUAAACAUUGAACCGUUUUGAUAUGAACAAAAACCUCACAAAAGAAUAGAAGAAAAUACCAGAAAACUACCUCUACCUAAGCGAAUGAUCUCAUUAUACAAACUUAAGUCAUUUGAAUAUCUGCCUUGUGUGGAGUUUAUAAAAAAAUUUGACCUUACUUUUCCGAAGAGAAAAUUCACCUACAAGCUACUUACUGCAAUACUAUUAGUCAAUUAUUAACAUUGAUUUUACUAAAUUGGGUUACUGGGGACUCAGACAAUGCUUGAACAUUACAUAAGAUUAUCUGUUGGAAGAUUAACAAAUACUUUCGAUAGAGUAGCAUCAUUAGUAUAGUCUAGAGCUGCCCAAUGGUAUUACUCAAAACAACUCUUUUAUGGUCUAUCAGUAAACUGUUAAAAAUCCGUACUAUUGUUGGCUUGUAAACUUGUUUUUAUAAACAGCUAUAAUUAUUUAUAUCACAUUGCUAUUUUUGUAAACAACAUGGCAAAUCAUUGAGCUACUCUCUAUUGAAGAGGAUAGUGUUGAUUUUUAAAAUCUAAAUAUAUGACUAUAAUCGAAUAAUCCACCAGAAAACUUACAGACCUUUUCUUAAAAAAUUAUGGAGGGAUCGCUAUACUAUACUCUAUUCUCUUUACCAUUAGGCAAUGUGAUUUGUCCCCUCUGUACUAAAUAUAUCUGUAAGUAAACCACCAAUAGCCUAUUGAUAGCUUCAGAUAAACAUUGAUUCAUCAGUAAAAAAUAGCAGUACCCUUGGGGAUAGUGUGCUGCUAGCUUUACGCUUAGUGUCGAGGUAUCUUUGGCUUAAAUCCUCCCCUUAAAGUUUAUAAUGGGCCCCUGCAUAUCGAAACUUUGAUUAAAAUGUUACUUGUUUGUAACAGUAUGAAUAAAGUUAACGCUCAACAACAGAUGGACUGGAAAAAGCUCAAUUUAUAUAUAAGUUCAUAGAUUUUCUCUCCAUGGCUAAAAUAUUUGUUUACUGAUUAUGGUUUUAGUUUUGUCGCCUUGACUGGAACAUUUAGGCUAGCAACAAUAAUGUAAAGCACUAAGCUGCAAAAAAUUGGCAACACAAUAUUUUUAAUUUUAUGGUAUUGUAAAAUCUAGUUACUGCUACUUUAAAUCUACAAAGGUUUCUGUUAAUAUUAAUUUUUGUUGUAUUUUAUUUAGUUUGAUGAAAACAAUUUUAAAUACCUUAUUUAUUUGUGCAACUAGUGUGUGAAGUGGCACUUUGCGCUUGUGUUACACAUUAUAUUUUUCCUACAGUUCCUAUAAAGCAUAGAAUUAAUUAAUCUUCAAACAUUAAACAACACUUUUUAGGUUAGGUUAAAUCCAAGCGUUGAACGAAAUGGGGAAACACUGCACCAGCUGAUCGUAGUCGUAGUAUCUUUAAGUGUUGCCAAAAUAUUUUCAAACGUACACGUAUUACGUGCCUAAUAAAAGUACAUUGUUUUUUUGUUGUUUGGUUGGAAUACUGGAGUGCGGCAAAAGUAAGUAAAUGCAGCUAUUAGCUACUUUGCAUGCCAUAAUCAACUAAGCCCGCUUUGUCAGGUAACUGUAGGAAAAAAUAGUUUGUGUUGUUCUAUAUUCAGAAGAGUUGAUUAGGGCCUAAUUCUUUUUUGCUACAGUACUGUGAAAUCACCUGUUUUUGUUUAAUGUUUAUCACCUACAAAGAUUCAUCAUUAAAUUGUUAACUAUGCAAAAUGAUUGUUUACUAGGCAAAAGUAAUGUUUACUACAGUAUCUUUUUUUUUUGAUUAUUCUGAAAUAAACAAACACAAAUUUGUUAUCGUUCCAUCCACCGUUUCAAUUUGCAGCUACCAAAACUGUACACCAAAAAUGCUAAUUGUAAAUUUGAAAUUUAGAUAGAUGGCCUAACCUAAAAAUACUAUUAGUUUUGAAAUAUUCCUAACUUUAAUAAACAAAUAGUCCAAUGACUGUUUUUAUUAAAAAAAUAAUUACUCUUUGUAGUGUAGCAAAAAGUAACGUUCAAAACAUGAGUGAAAGUGUUCAUUACAUAUUCUCGACCAUAUUUUAAGUGCUCAAUAAAUGUCACACUUCAAACAUAUGGUCUUAAAUAUGUAAUGACUCACUUUCUACUCUUGUUAUGAAAUGUAGAGGAGACAACUCACAAAAUGAGUCACCUGUUUACGUGAUAUUUGUUGUUAUAAUAUUACAACUUUUAUUAGGGUUUUUCAGCUUAUUUUACAUAACUUAGCUACAUAAGCACGUGUGUACCAAGCAUUAAUAGGUUAACUGAUCUUUCAAAGGCAGAAGUUAAGUUUAAUAUUAUGUAUAUCAGAUCUGAGAACGUUGUAAAUUAUUUGAAUUUAAGUACAACCUACUUUUUUGUAAAACAUUCUGUGACGACAACUUUUAAAAUGCCUAUCUUACCAUUGUAAUAAAUGGCACAACUAUGUUCCACUGGUCUUCUUAAGCAAAAUUAUACAAAUGGUAUACUGUACUAAACAUUGACCUCACCCAGACUUCUAGUGUAUAACAGAACAGAUAAAUCACAAUUUUUAAUUGUACAGGCCAGGAAAAAUAAGGCCAAACUGUCAGGGUGUGCCUCAUUUUCCACCUAACAAUCGAGAAGUUUUAGCUAGCUAUUUAUUUUAUUAUUCAGUCUUUUAAAACUUGAUGUUGUUAGAUAAGAAAUUUAAAAUGCUAAGUAAAAAGGCUCUUGACAUUAAAUCAGUCAUUAAAAAUUUAAUUUUAACUAUACAAAUUAUUAUUGCCGCUAUUUGAAGUUUGUACACCAAAAUAGUUUUAAAGAUGCAAAUUUCAAACACUAAAUAACUAAGUAGAUGACUCAGUAAUGAGGCAUUUUGGAGAAGGUUAGGGUGCGUGCACCAGUGAAUGACCGUUUAAGUUUGAGUUUUCACUUGUAUCCGACAUGGGAAAGUAGGCCAUUAAGUUAAACACUGUCUCAACCUAAGUUGAGGCGACUACCUGACCAGAGGGUGGAACAGGACAGUGACUAUACUGACCCUUCCGACCCUCCGAGUAAAUCCCUAUGGCCAAUAGGCAGGUGGUCAUUCACUGGUACUCUUACCCUUUCUUCUAUUUUGUUUUACUUUGUCACAUAAAACCCAUCUCCUAGAGUUUAGGUUUUUACUUACUGGACACCCUGUAUAUAUAAAUCAAGAAUACAAAGUUGUUUUAUCAUGUCAUGUGGAAGUCAUGCUACGAUUAAGGUCACAGCACCUCUGCACAAUGUGUGAAAGUGGAGCAAACCAGCUAAUUACUUAAUGAACACCAACAGAAUUGACGGAUGUAUCCGCUUCCUGUCCGCAUCAUUGCCUGUCCAGCAAGGGUUGUAUUAUCAAAACUGGAUCUCAAUAAUAUCAAAGCGUUCAUUUGGAAGGAUUGAAUGUAAUGAAAAUUUUCGCACACAAAAUGCAAUACCCAUACUUGCACAUGUACAGCCAAUCCUGUCUCAAUGGCCAGAGAUGUGUAGAAACUGAUAGACUGCCAGGAUCAAAAUUGUGAAAACAAAACAAGCACUCAAAUUUUAAAACAAAUUUUUAUAAUUGCUUGAUGUGCUGCAUAUGUGCCAAAUAUAAUUACAAUAGAAAUGUAGAUAGAUACAUUCAAAUAUGAUGGUUUUGUUUUGUAUAUCAUGUGUAUUUAAAUUUUGUCUCAGAAAUAGAAAUAGGUUUUUAUCAUACGGUCCAGAAAACAGCCGUUCUGAGCUCUGUAAAUCAUCCACAGAAUCAUUGUUUUUUGGUAACUACAAAUGGGGAACAGAAAAAACAUAUGGUAAAUUUUUGGUUCGCUAAUCUGAAAAUUAGUUUAUGGCACAUUAUAAAAUGUUUACUAUUUGAAACACACAUUAUGAAAACCCUGCUAAUCACACAAUAUUUUAAGUUAUGUUUGUUUACAACAGAAAUGUUAACCGUUUACCCAUUUGUAGUUACCAAAAAACAAUGAUGUUGUGGAUGAUUUACAGAACUCAGAACAGCUGUUUUCCGGACGACUUUGUUUAACCUCAAAUUUUGUGGUCUAAUUUUGUAACGAUUAGAAGGUUAUUUCCACAGUAUGAUGAAAAUAGUUGUUCAUCACAAUCACACGGAGCGAAAGGGUCUUUUUGGUACUUAAUUCUAUAUACUAUUUUCAACAAGUAGUCAAUUAAUAGAUAAAAAUACCUAUUUUUUGUUAGCCUUUCCAUGAUGGAUGAGAUUUUUAGAACAAGUAUUGUCAACCAUCCUAUUACUAUGAAAAAAAUUAUGUUCUUCAGCAUUUUACUGGAUAUGACUGAUUUUAGGCACUUGGGUAACCCAUUACACAUUGUGGGAUCAAAAUAGAGUACUUUUUCUACCAACCUCUACGGAAAUUCUCAGAAUGUGAGGCCUCCAACCACAGUGAGUCCUACAUGCUGAUGGAAAAAUGGCAAAUAUGCCCUUCCUAUUGCCUUUUUUGGAGAGCCUUGGAAUAAGUUUAUAAAUAGACUGAUAUAUGCUCUCUCAGCAAAUAAUAAAGGGAGAAAUUUUCAAACAUUUCUACAAAAAUUCAGUGUAGUAUGUAUUUAAUUAUAUUAAAUUGUUUGGCAUUUAGACCUCAAGUACGUCAUGAUAAAACAAAUUGUUUCUGGAUAGUUAAAAUGACAAUACAUAUAUAAACUCUUAACUAUUUCAAAAUAAUAGACAUUUAUUCAUAUAUUUUUAUGAACUAUUGUGCUGUGCUGGUAAACUAACAUUUAAACUACUUGAUUACGGUGAUUGAUACCGAUCUCAAUCUCAAUCUCUUAGUUUUUGAUAUAAACUAUAUGCUUGAUAAUAUUUUAUGUGUUUAUUUUCUUGCAUGUCCCAAGUGAAUUACAAUGUGCUAUAAUAAAUGUUUCACAGAAAUUCUGCAAUACAAAAUUUAAUGUAGGGUAGGUACAAGUACGGUUAAGUAACUUUUUCUAGUCAUAUGUUAUAUUGUAUUUUUUAUGUAAAAGAAAAAACAUUAAAAGUCAGCCUUACUAAUAGAAGCAAAUAAUGCACAGAAUAAUUGAAUAUUUUGGUUUAAUUAUUAUAUACCACCUUGAGAAUAGUUUAAGGUUGACACCUUACUAUUUAUUACACUGAUUAUUAUUAGAUGUUUUAACAAUAUCAUCCAAUAAUAAUGAUUGUUAUGUGGGAAUUUAUCUAACUCUGCAAACAAAAGUAGAGUCUUGCAGUUUCACAAAACAUAUCAUAAAUAUUGAAGAUUAACUAAUUUAUCUUUUUAAUUAUUUAUUUUCAACAAACUGUUCAAUGCUGAUUAGUGUGAAUACUUAAGUGAGACUUAAUUUUUAUUACUGGGUGUUUUAACAGUAGACAGACCCACAAGUAGUACUGUAUUGGUAUUACAGUAAUAACCAAUGUUUUGCCUGUGGUAUUUUGGGAUAUCUCCUAUACAUGGUUUGUUUUGUAUAUUAUUUUGUCUAAUAAUAGUUUAUAAUAUCAAUAAGCUAACACCUAUGGUUGUUUUAAUACAUUUAAUGAUGUCUGUAUAAAAUGUUUGAAGAUGACAAAUGAGUGUGACUUAAAGAUGGGUAACUCACCUUACCUCCUGUAGCUUUGAUUGUAGCACUUUUAACUACUGUACAGGUAGCCAAAUCACUUGCCACUUGCUGGAGUCCUUGGGGACCAAAGGGUUCUGUUUGCUGCUACAGUCAUUGCCUUGGAAUUUUAUCCUCGCUGGUGAAUUUAAAACCAUUGUAUAGUAUACAUUUUAGGCCCGAUUUCACCAAAUUCUCGCUAACGAUGGCUUAGUUGAACUUCGGUUAAAACUAGCCGAUGAUUUAAACCACAGUUAAGGAAAUCUGGUUUCACCAACGAAAACGUGUCAAAACUAACGCUGGUUUUAUAAACGAGAGUUUAGAGUAAAAUCCAGGUGGCAGUGGCAGUGAACUGUCAUAAUACCGGGCUGUUACGGGAGCAAGUAAACAUAACCUAGAAAAUAAAUCAGUGUUUAUGAGGUAGUGAAAACAAAACUGGAGACAGCAAGCUUACAGGAAUACAAUAGAUUCUGAGCAAAAUAACAACAGAAAGCAAGAAUAAAUACCAAAACAAUUAACAUAAGUAAAUAAAGGCAAAGCAAUGUUGAUCAAACAUAUUCGAGGAACUAAUUGGUUGAGUUUUGCGGUCGAGUCAAGACUCAAAAUCCAACUUUUCACAGGGAUGUUCAAUAUUCUGUUUGUUCACUAACCAGUUUGGUACAUUUGAAGUAGUGAAAAAACUGGAGUCAAAAGAAUUACAAGAACGAGACACAAUGUAGAUAACACCAAAAUAAUUAUUUUCUAUAAAAUACUAGCAGAAUAAUGACAAUUUAGGUUUAGAUUUUGCUUUACUUACGUCUGACCGAACGCAAAACAAUUGUUUGAACGUUGGGUUAGGGUUACCCAAAGCCGGGAGAAGGAAAAGGGAGCCUAUUUUUUCGAACAAUGAAAUAAUAAAUUUGAUAAUGUUGGUAGAAGAGCCGGGAUAAAAGAGUACGGCUCUUGAUCGCCAACCAGUUCAAUCACAGUCUAAUAUAAAUAAAGUCUGUAUAAAUUAUUUAUUGUUAGACUGUGGUUCAAUGCGGUCGCUGAUCACAGAUAUACGCCUUAACUAAAAACCUUGUGGGAUAACCUAAAGCAAUGCACUAUGUGGGAUAGCCUAAACACAAAUACUACAGUGGUUUGUAUUCAUUCCCUAAAAAAAAGGCUAAACGUUUUGAUAGCUCAUAUCUAAUAAUAAAAUCAAUUUCAUCUUUGUUAUUUAAAUCAUUAACCCUUUCUCUUAUUCACCUAGUUGGUAGAACAACAUAGGCUUACUCUUCAUUGCCAUCACUUACUUUCAAAAGCUAAUUCGUACCGUAUUCUCUUCUACCAUUUCGCCUUUCCAUAUAUACUUUAAACUUAAAGCCAGCUCAUAUUUACUUAACGAAAGAUUAAAGAAGCUAACCGGUCAAAAUUGGGCAGUUAAUUAUCUAACGACGGUUUAGUCUAAACUAGCGCUAACGGCGAGUUGUGAAAUCCGAUUUUGUCAGUUAAGAGCUAACUGCAGUUAGAGCAAGGCUUAACAGCGGUUUAAAAGUUUGGUGAAAUCGGGCCUUAAUGGUUAACUUUUACUAUUAUUUAAACCAUUGUAAGUUAUCCAUAUUUUUAGUUGUUUGUUAAUAUAUUCUGUUACGAAUGAUAUAAAUUUUAUAAAGUGUUGGAGAAACUAACAUUUGUAAAUUGUAUAUAAAGAAAUGUAUAUUUAUGAAAUAUGGAGUCAUUUUUUUUAACAAAAUAAAAAGUUUA